CAAUUCGGACCCAUCCUCGAUGUGGAGAUCAUCUUCAACGAGCGCGGCUCCAAGGGCUUUGGCUUUGUCACCUUUGCCUCGAACGUGGACGCCGACCGAGCCCGGGAGCAGCUGAAUGGCACCAUCGUCGAGGGGCGGAAGAUUGAGGUGAACAACGCUACGGCGAGGGUACAGUCGAAGAAGCCGAUGACGCUGAGCGGCAUCAGUGCCGGUGGCGGCGUAGGAAUGCCCAAUGGUAUGCCUGGUUCUGCCGGAGGCGGUAUGGGCCCGGGAGGCGUCGUCGGCGUGGGACCCUCAUCGGCGACGGCCGCCGCGGCCAUGUCCGCCAUGGCGGCGAUGAACGCGGCAGCGGCCGGCUCCGGCGGUGGACCGACUUCCGCCUCGGCGGCGGCGGCUGCAGCGGCUGCGGCUGCGGCGGCCGUCAACGCCAAUGCCAAUGCGGCCGCCGCGGCGGCGCUCAUCUCUAACG